AACGCAAGGGGGAGGACAUUUAUGUUUCAUGUGACUGAUUAUAAAUCUUUUAAAUAGCAGUACAUGUUUAUUGAAAUAUUGACAAUGUAUACAUUUCUACAUAAUUCCAAGGCUAGCAACGUCGAUUUCCAAUGUUAUUAAGGAAGGUUUAUAGUCCGUUAAUAGAUUCUCACCCAUACGUUCUGAAGUGGUAUCGUCUGUAAUUCCGUGUAAUGUAAUUCCGCAAAUUUGAGUCGAGGAGGACCUUUGGCGAGAAAGAAAAAGUUUAUAUUCUGUAAUUGUAAAGUUAUCCCUCUAGAAUUUGUAUUUGCACAAUUGAACCGUUUCCGGAAUGUCUACUCCAGCACGAAGGCGACUGAUGAGGGACUUUAAAAGACUGCAAGAGGAUCCACCAGCUGGUGUUAGUGGUGCUCCGUCAGAAAACAAUAUCAUGGUAUGGAAUGCAGUGAUAUUUGGACCAGAGGGAACUCCUUUUGAAGAUGGUACGUUCAAAUUGACAGUAGAAUUUACAGAAGAAUACCCAAACAAACCGCCCACAGUGAGAUUUGUUUCAAAAAUGUUUCAUCCUAAUGUAUAUGCAGAUGGAAGUAUAUGUCUUGAUAUCCUACAAAAUCGUUGGAGUCCAACUUAUGAUGUGUCAUCAAUUCUCACUUCAAUCCAGUCUUUACUUGAUGAACCAAACCCGAACAGUCCAGCUAAUAGCCAAGCAGCUCAACUUUACCAGGAGAACAAACGGGAGUAUGAGAAGCGUGUGUCAGCAAUAGUCGAGCAGAGUUGGAGAGACAGCUGACCUUACACUGCCAAGUACAGAACUUUUUGGGAAUACUAGUUGUGUGAAUUGUAAGGAUUUUAUUAUUAUUAUUAUUAUUGUUAUUAUUUUCCUCAAUCGGUCUCCCAAAUAAGUCUCAUAGCAUUCUAAUGCACUUUACUGAAAAGUUGUCCCUUUUCCCUGGGAGAACUUGUGCUCAUCCAAUAUCACCUGGUCAAUUCUUGUUUUUUAUUAUUUGUUUUUUAAGUCACCACACUUUGAGACACUCUGGAUACCCUGGCUAUAUGAAGAAAUAUGCAAAGAGACAUUUUUUUGCAAGAAGCAGAACUAAGCUAAACCUCUGAACAGACAUGAUGCCAGACUGUCAUUGAACUGUCCAUGCCUCAGUCGAAACUGACCUUCAUAAGAACCUGCUAUGCUAAAUUUGCAUGUUCUGUUACAUGCUUGUGUGUGUGUGCGUGUGUGUGUGUGUGUGUGUUUUCUAUAUGAUAGUAAUACAAUUUAAAUUUUGUGUAAAGCA